AUGGUUCCUGGUCUGGAGAUCUGGAUCUUCUGCUGGUUGGUCCUGGGUGGUUCUGGUCAGGGUCUUAGAGUCCAGAUCGAGGUGAGACUGAUGACUCAUCAGAAAAGGAGUGAAAACACAGGAAGUGGAAUGGACUCUAAACACUGGGGAGAAGGAUUUCAAAAUAAAAGAGGAAACCGUGCAAACACAGAGGAGGAGGAGAAGAGGAGAGGAGAAGGAGAAGAAGGAGAGAAGAGAAGGAGAGGAGGAGGAGAGGAGAAAAAGAGGAGGACAGAGAAGGAAGGGGAGGUAAAGAAGAGGAGGAGAGGAAUAGGUGAGGAGGAGAGGAGGACAGGAGAGGAGAGGUGGAGGGGAGGAGGAGAGGAGGAGAAGAGAAGAUAAGAGAAGGAGGAAAAGAGGAGGAAAGGAGGAGAGGAGAAGCCGAGGAGAGGAGGAGGAGAGGAGAAAAGGGGGAGAUCCAAAGAGUAAGAAAGUCUCAAAGGCUCAGACCAGAUCCUGAGAGACAGAGACCAGAACUUCAGUAGAACUAGUCUGAACAUUUUUAAAGAAAAGAAAAAAAAUUCUUCUUCAGAUUUGUUUUUUUGUUUUCAUUUUUAUUUGUUUGGCAUUUGUUUAUCUGUUAAGCAUGACCCCCCCCCAAAAAAAAAAAAAACCCUGUGUGGAAUGUUCUGGGGGCUCUGCUGUAAUAUGAUCCAGUCUGUGGUUCUGCCUGUCUGCUCCUCUGAUCCUCUUUGUCUCAGCUCUGACUGUCACAUGAUCAGGUGUGUGUGUGUGUGUGUGUGUGUACCUGCACAUACCUGCUCAGGUCAUCUGUUUCCUGUCUUUUGUAAUCUGAUCCGGUAGGUCUGUCUCAGUCUGACCCCCCUGACUCUGGUCCUCCUCCUGCAAACAGUCUGAUCUCUGUGUCUCACAAUAGGGGAGAGUGGGUUACAAUGAUCCAUGUUUCAUAUUUCGGAUCACUACAUCAAGUCAAUCCUAGUUUUGUCUCUAACUAGUGUAUCUGCAUAUAUUUCAGGAUGUUGUUCAUCCCUGAAAACCAACAGAAUGAGUGCAAACAGAAGCCGCAUCCCUACUACCCCCCCCCCCCCACACACACACACACACACACACACACACACCCCGCCCUCCCUCACCUUCUCUCUCCCUAAAUAACAGUCACUUCUUCACAUUCAUGUGUAUUUUUAUCUAUUAUACAAUAUUCAACUGGUACAAUCAUUCUUUUUAUUAUCAUUACAUAUAACUGCUAAAAAGCUGUUUUGUAACAACUUACCCCGGUCUCCCCUACAUGACACCUGCACAGGUGUGGUUUUGGGAUCACUGAGCCCUGUACCCAGGUGGACCUGCAAGCGUCUGGUCUUCUGGUGUGUGUGUGUGUGAACAUGAUACCGCUGUGUUGAUGAACCUCAUUCAAACCAAUCACAUCAUGUAGCAAAGACAGAGAGGAGGUGGGGCGAGCGAGUGGGAGGACAUGUGACCUGGUUGUCAGGUCAGUCUGUCUCGAUGUCCGAACACACACAACAAAAGAGGAGCAGCAGAUCAGACAGUGUGCAUUGUAAGUAAAUCAACUUUGACCUGAAGUAACCUCAUAAGUUAAACUCUAUAAGGUACACACAAAGGUCGUGACCUCUCAGUGAGCACACAGUCCUCAAACUAACAGAGGGGCGUGUAAAAACUUCAAUGAACACACACUCACACACAAUCUCAAACACACACACACACACACCAUCCAUCCCUUGCUUGCUUUUACGCACGCACAUCGAUCAGGUGCCUACUAUGAACCCCGUGCGCUCGCUCACACACACACAAACAAUCAGACACACACACACACACACACACACAAUCAGACACACACACACACACACACACACACAAACACACACACACACACACAAUCCAUCCAUCCAUCCCUUGCUUUUACGCACGCACAUUGAUGAAGCCCUACCUCUUCAGGUGCCAGCUAUAAACCUCGUGCGUGCGCUCACACACGCAGGCAUGCUCGCACACACAAUCUCACACACACACACACACACACACACACACACACAUACACACACACACACACACUCCAUCC